GUAUGCAUAUUGUUUGAUCGAAAGCUGCUUAAGCAAUAAGGAAGUUUUUUUUUAUAUACACACAGAGAUUUUAUACACUAAAAUGACAUACUUGUGCUAUAUAUAUAUAUGCUUUGGACAGUAUGUAAAGUAAGUCACCCAAUCAACAGAGGAACAAACUAUUCGUAAAAAGAAAAAAAAUUUUGUGUUAAAUAGCGAUGGAGAUGUGGCUAUAAUAUAGAUGUAAUAGAUCAACAAAAUGGCAACAGGAGGUCAACCACAGACGCCAGACAACCGUAUAUUUUUGUUUCGGUUACAAAUACUAGUCAUUGAUGGUGGCCUCCUGGUAUUGAGAAAUAUACUGGACCAGUCCCUGGCAUCUCAAUGCAUAACGUUCAGUGCUUGCUUGAAACAAGAAAAGUCAACAAUAACCCAUUUGAAAAGGCAUGGCGUUAUAACCCCGGUCCAAUAUGUCCUAUUGUUUCCAGCGGGUGGUAAAGUUCCAACAUCGUCAGAUUUGGACAUCACGCUGAUUAUUUGUCUUCUUAGAAACCUGAAAUGUUUUGGGUUAAAUAAAAAAUUUGACUGGAGGGCAACACCAGCGCCAACCGAUGUAACAAUGGAAGCAGACAUAUGUCGGUUAAAGGAUUUCCGAAAUAAAAUAAGUCAUAUAUCAACAACGACUGCAAUACAACAAAAUGAUUUUACAGCUUGGCGGAAUGAUAUUGAACAGAUACUUGUUCGUCGAAGUUCUCCAGCUUUGAAUAUUCAGCAAGCAAUCGACGAAUUCGAAACUUGCCCUCUUGAUCUGGAAGAAGAGAGAAGAAUACAGAAAGAAAUAGAAAAGUGGAAUGACUAUGAAGAUGAUGUUGACCGACUAAAACAGGAAAUGACAGACGUGAAAGAAAAUGUAACUGACGUGAAGAAAGACAUUGAAGACAUAAAGGAAAAUGUAACUGAUGUGAAGAAAGUGAAGAAAGACCUUGAAGAUGUUAAGGAAAGUGAUACUGCAGUGAAAAGAGACCUUGAAGACAUAAAGGCAAAUGUAACAAACGUGAAGAAAGGCCUAGAAGACGUAAAAGAAAAUGACAUUGCAGUGAAGAGAAACCUUGAAGGCAUUAAGGAAAGUGUAACUGAUGUGAAGAGAGACCUUGAUGAGAUCAAAAGACGGCAAGGGACAGAUGAAACAAGGCAGGACAGACAGAAGAAAGGAAACAUUUUUCAGAGGUUUUUUGAGAGGAGACGUUAUAACCGGAGGAAAACAAAGAAAAGUAACGAAACCGAUUCAUCAGUACAAACAGAGGAGAGAAAAUAUCAAAAUCACAAGAAGGAGAAAAGUAACGAAACCGAUUCAUCAGUACAAACAGAGGAGAGAAAAUAUCAAAAUCACAAGAAGGGUAAGUUAAUUCUGCACAACCAUCUGAUUAAGUAAAACAGUGCUCUUUGUCUGUCGUCUUCCUCGGAGUGUUGGAGUUAUUAGCAUCCUUCUUGCUACAAAAUCUUUGCGAUAAAGUGGCAUCGAAUCAGGUGAUAACAUGGACAAGGGCGGCUCUGCCGUCCAAAUAAUUUGCCAGAUUACUUUUCUCCGGUUUCCAUACGCUCCCUUCGCAGCUCACUGAAUACACUCACGUUACUUCAGAAUUUGAGUGAUAGUGGAACAUUCGACCGCUGCGCAGGAGAGUACGGUUUCCAAUGCGACUUUGACAUAAAAAUGUGUUGAUAAGUUGUGAAUAAUUCGUGUCUUACACAUUAAGAUUACUAGUUUUACAAAUGUAUUGUUCUUCAAAAUUUGCUGGUAAUAUUUGUUGCCUGUCAAAGUCACAAUUUAUUUAAAAAAGUGUUGUUCAAAACUAUUCAUUGACGGUAUGUAUAUUAACAAUCAUAUAUGUACGCGUCUAAAAUUGGGGUGAUCCCUCAGGAGAAAAGUCAACAAAUUACACCAACAUUGCAGACUCCGUUUGAUUGAGUCUAUUUAUGACGGAAAAUAGAAAAGUGCAACAUCCUCUGCGCCUCUUUUCAUCGGCUUUUAAAGCGGUAUUCAAUUUUCAACAUUUAAUGUGCUAGGAUCAAUGAUCCCAAAGGGCCUGAAAAUAUAACUGAAAACUACCAACAUACGAUCAUAUGUAGUGAUUGUAAGUGUUUGAUUAUAUUUAAUGAGUUUGUAAUUAUUUAUAGAAGAUUGCCUAAAAUAAGGUAAAAUAAAAUG